AAUAGUUGAACAUACGCCGAUUGGGUUGUAGGCUGCCGUAAAUUAAAAGACGAAAUAGUUGAAAACUAGACACACAAGACGCAUAUAUAAUUGUGUGUGUUCUAGAUUAGGAUCCAGGAAAUCCUCAUUUGAAUAUUACCAGGCCAUUUCAGUUACUAUUACACGUUUACACAGAGGUUAAACCGACCAAGUGCCGAGGUCCCAAGACCGGGUGGCUGCCAUGGCUAAAGAGCAGCCGAACGUGUCCGAGCUCCUCCCGCUGCUUGAGUCGUCAGACUUGCUGGAGCUCGAACAGGUCAAAGCUGCCAUCAACGACGACCUCAGUUCAGACCGAGGGAGCAUGCUGCUGAAUGGCCUGGUGGACUACUACAUGGAGACCAACUCCACUCAGGCCAUCCUCCUGCUCUGUUCUGUCAGGGAGCCGCACGACAAGCACCUGUUUGAUAAGCUCAACGAAAGCCUGGCGAGACCGCCCUGUCGCCUGGGCACCCUCACCCUGCUGGGGCACGUCAUCCGCAGGCAGCCAUCUUGGAUCCACAAGAUCACUCGCUUCCCCCUCCUGGCCUCUGUCCUCAAAUGCCUUAAGACAGAUUGUGACGUGAUGGUGUUGAUAACGGGAGUCCUCGUACUGAUCACUCUCCUGCCCAUGAUUCCUCAAGCAGGACGCCAGCACAUCUACGACUUCUUUGACAUCUUUGGCCGUCUUGCUUCCUGGAGCCUAAAAAACCCAGGCCACGUCCACGGCGUGUUCCUGAUCCACCUGCACGCCAGCGUGUACUCCCUGUUCCACCGGCUCUACGGCAUGUACCCCUGCAACUUCAUCUCCUACCUGAGGUCCCACUACAGCAUGAAGGAGAACCUGGGCACCUUCGAGGAAGUGGUCAAGCCCAUGUUGGAGCAUGUGCGGGUGCACCCAGAGCUGGUGACAGGGACCCAGGACCUUGAACUGGACCCCUCCAGGUGGAAGAGGUUCGAGAUCCACGACAUCAUGAUCCAGUGUGCCAAAGUGUCUCUGGACCCGAAGGAGGCGUCGUGCGAGGAGGGCUACUCCAGCGUGCCCGACCCUCUUCCCCUCCACCCUCUGUCCCGGCUCCGCGACAGCACAGUCAGCCCCCACCCAGAUCACCGCCACAGCUACGGAUGUUCCACCUCCACCCCUCUCCCCGCGGUCCAGCCUGCUCUCUCCCGGUCUCUCCCCCAGCUGGUCUCCACCCGGGGGUCUCUCUCCAGCCUUCAGACCCCCUGCCUGCAGAUUUCCAACUGCGACCUGUCAGAGAGCAAGCCGAUGUGGAGCCCCUCCUCUGAGUGCCACAUGAGCACGCCCCCCACCUCCCGCAGAAUCUCCCCAGCCAACGUGUCCGACCCCUGGCAGAGCCCCCAGGGCCCUCCCAGCAUCACGCCGGCUGGACCAGGUGCAAAGUGUCCCCCGCCGGCCGCCGUCCACGCCGCCCCCCCGCAGGCCCCCGCGCUGUUUGAGGAGCACCUCCGCACGCCAUCUACCAACUCCACCAGCCAGCAGCGGCAACCAAUAGGAGAGUUGGAGAGGGGAGUGAGUCAGCCAAUCGGCGAGGGAGAUGGAAGCAAGCCUGAGGUCAUCGACAACGGUGUCGGAGGAGCGAAGGCCUGCAUGUCUCUGACGGAGCUGGCCCACUUUGUCCAGGAGCACAACGUGGACCUCCUCCAUGGAGCCAGCCCAGAGACGGAGGAGGGGGAAGAUUCCAUCACGGAAGAGAUCCUGAAGCUGACGGCUUCCCAAACAGGCCCUGACGGUUCCUUCUCCAGCUCCUCAGAGUACCACUCUCUGUCCUCCCUCCAAGCCUCCCACCAAAGCCUCCACCAGGGCUCCCCAGCCAGGGCCUCGUCCGUCCUCGCCGGCCAGCCCCUGGCUUGGUGUCUCCCGCCCGGGUUCACCCCCAUCGCCGGAGGCGGCCGGCCGGAGCAGGGGGAGGGGGCGGGGAGGCCCGGCCGCGGCCCCCUCUCCUCCACGCCCCCCAGGGACGCGGCCCCUCCGUACGAGGCUCUGUUUGAGCUGGCCCUGCCCAGGGCCGCCUGCCUCUUCCUGUCCCGCAAGGCCUGGGAGGUGUCCCGGCGCGAGGGGGGCGGGGAGGGGGAGGAGGGGACGACCUGGUCUCCCCUGGAGGUUCUGGAUAGGCUCAUCCAGCAGGGGAACGACGCCCACAGCCAACUCAUGAAGAGGCCGCCAGUUCCAUUCAAGUCGGAGGACUGGACUCACUUUGGAGGCUCCGGGCCCCUGGACGAGGCGCAGGCCCUGCGCAGCCAGCUGGUCCUCAUGCACAACCAGCUGCAGUUUGAGCGCUACAAGAGGGAGCAGCACGCCAUCCGCAACCGCCGCCUGCUGCGGCGCAUCAUCAACGCCACGGCGCUGGAGGAGCAGAACCUCUCCAUGAAGGCGCAGCUGAAGAUCCAGGAGCUGGAGGAGCAGGCCCUGCAGGCCAGCCUGCAGCAGGAGCAGCAGCGCUCCAGGCAGCUGCGGCUGGACACGCUGGCAGAGACCUCCCAGCUGCACGGCCGCAUCGCCCUGCUGCAGGAGCAGCACCACGACUACCUCACCAAGACCCAGAGGCUGCAGAGUGAGCUGGAGGAGUGCCAAGGCAGGAUGGCUGAGCUGGAGUCUGAGCUGCAGAAGGCCAGCUACGAGGCCUACAACGCCGAACACCAGCUCACCCAGCUGUCCCUGAAGCUGAGCGAUAGCGAGGAGCUGCAGGAGCAGAUGUUCCUGCUGAACAGGCAGCUGCUGCUUCUGGGCGAAACCAACAAACUCUGCAUGGAGGAAGCCCAGAGGGUGGGCCCCAAGUCCGACAAGGAGCUGCUCAUGCUGCAGUGGUCCCUGAGGAAGGAGGCCGAGUGUCUCCGUCAGGGCGAGGCCCAGCAGAGCCGCCGCCUGGAAGCCGCCCAGCAGAGGCUCGCCGACACCGAAGCGCAGCUGGCCAAGAAGGAGCACCUCAUCCUGGAGCAGAAGAAGUUUCUAGAAGACCUCAAAGCCAAGGCCAGGGGCCAGCUGCAGGCGUCGGAGAGCCGCUACGUCGCCCUCCGCUGCGUGACCCAGGCCCUGCAGACGGAGAUGCUGCAGCUGUAUAGCCAGCUGGACCUGCAGACCCAGGCCUCCAGCAGCCUCCUGGAGCCUGCCGACAGCCAGGCCUCCAGACCCAACGGCAGCAGCAGCGGCGUCCCCGUGUCCCAGGCCGGUCUGAAGAGCGUCGGCCAGGCCCCCGCCCCCGGGGUCGUCCCGUCCUCCUCCGCUACCGUCCCCACCCCCGGCCGCCGCCCGUCCUCCACCGCCAGCGCCAACGGCAGCCUGGAGGAGCUCCCUCUGGUGAACCAGGCCUCCCCCCUCCACCACCUCCUGGCCUCCUCCCCCGUCGCCCUGUCCCCAGCCAGCGCCCCCACGGACGUGGGAUCCUACCCCAGUGCCAAGUCCUUCCUGGGCAUGCACGCUCGAGGGCUGUUCCAGAACAAGAGCGACAGCCAGGAGGGCGAGCCCGAAGCCCAGCUCGGGAGCUUGUCUCUGGAGGCGGAGGAGGAGGAGGAGGAGGAGGAGGAGGGUGGGAGCCAGCCUCCAGACCAGGGGCUCAUCCAGCCCUCCUCCCUCCAGCUCGAGGCUCCAUCCCCUCCUCCUCCUCAGGGCCCGGGGCAGCCCGCUCCCAGCCAGGUCCCAGGCCUCCUAGCCCCCUCUGGCCCCCACCACCCGAGGAGACGCAACCUCAGCAUCAUGGACUACAACGAGACCCAGCACAGCUAGAGAGAGAAGGGAGGGGAUGCCCGAGGCCCUUCUGAUCAACGCUCGUCUGGCACAUUCUACCCCAGGCAGCAGCAACAGCGGGCUGUGCUGACCUCACAAACAGGAGGUAGCUCACAUACUUUGUCGAUCCCAAAGAGAAAAACGGUGGCGUGACAGUCCAGAGAAGAAUGCAAAGGAAAAUCCAGGUUACCAAAACGUAAUGCGCUGGGCAGCACGUGGGGAUAAAGCUGAACAAAAAACGAUUCACCAAGGUGGCCCACAGAACACGGGUAGUACGUAGGGAAUGCACAAAACCCACUUGACACAGGAACACUACACAGCAACAAAUGACAAGUAUCAUGUGCAAAACCAGUGACAUGAAUGCUACCAACGUAGAAUCACCAGCAAGAAUCAGUGAACUGUACGGAGGAGUGUCACAUAAAUACACAGUUAUAUAAUCUACAGAGAGAGGUGUACCAAGUACUCUGGAAUGCACCUGAUACCACCCAACUAAAUCAGAGCAGUGCAGGCAGUGCAGUAUAAUUAAGUUAGAAAUGAGAAUGUUGACAGGUGAUUGAGUGGUGCCCCAACAUCACUGCCAAUUGCUCAUGGGGAGGCAGUAUAGGGUCUAAUGGCUCAGCGAGGCAGUAUAUGGCCUAAUGGCCCACAGUGAGGCAGUAUAUGGCCAAAUGGCUCACAGUGAGGCAGUAUAUGGCCUAAUGGCCCACAGUGAGGCAGUAUAUGGCCAAAUGGCCCACAGUGAGGCAGUAUAUGGCCUAAUGGCUCACAGUGAGGCAGUAUAAGGUCUAAUGGCUCACAGUGAGGCAGUAUAUGGCCUAAUGGUUCACAGUGAGGCAGUA